AUGAUAUCUACGCUUUUGUUAAAGAUUCUGUUCCGUCAACGAUAUUGGACAAGUUCAACAAUACCGAUGAUUCAAAAACAACUUUUAAGACAUCAUUCAACAAUGACAAUGGAUCCAGAACAGUUUCAAUGGGACGAGGAACUACAACAAUUUGUCGACUGGCUUGAUGAUUCAUCAAUGUUGAGCUUUGGCGAAAGUUAUCCUCCAAAAAGACAACCAUUUGUUUCUUUAUUUGCUCAAAAAAGAUUUAUAAAAUCAACAGGCAAAUCUAACAAUUAUUCCCUAGGAGAUGUUGUGCUUAUGCCAUCAGUUCUGAAAUUUGAUAUGAAAUGUCUUCGACCGGCUGUAAUUAUCGGUAUUUCUUGUGACGAAGGAGGACAACUGGAUUUGAUGUACACAUGUCCAUUGAAAAAAUAUGUACCUAAUCGUGAAAACACAGCAAAAUAUGUUGAAUCCAUUUCAGUGUUGGAUGCAACACCGGGUACUUUAUCGUUUGACAGUUUAAUAUUAGUAGACCGUGGAGGAUUUACAGAUACAAAUUCAAUUCGAAAAAAAUGUGGUGUAAUUAACAGUAAUUUACUACAAAAGCAAGCACUUGAUUAUAUGACAAGUAUUCAACAACAAUUCCACGAUAAACAAUAUUAUCAGCCAUUAUUUUCAACAAUGUUGUUAAGUCGUCAUUGUUUAAUGUUACCUGAAGAAUCAUGUGGUGAUCAAUUACGUACAAAAGAACAAUUAGGUUAUAUUGUAUUCAGUGGUUAUGAUCGAUCUGAUUAUGGUAGUGCUCAAGGUUUUUAUAUUACAAUACAAUCAUCGACGAAAUUAGAUUAUGUUAAUUUAAGAAUUGAGACGUACAUUGAUUCAAUAAGAGAAUAUAUAACCACAAUGUCCGAUGAUGUUUAUUAUAAACAACGUGAAGGCUAUAUAAUAAAAAAACUUGAAAUA